AUGAGAUGGCUAGGGCCCUUGGGGCUCACCCUCAGCUACCUGUCAUGGUCGGACCUGAAUGACAAUGCACGACUUCCACGGCGUAUGUUUUCGAGUGUUAUCGAUCUAUGCAACAACAGUUUCCUCAGCGGUUCACCGAAACUUGAGACGCUGAUCCACGAGAAUCUGGAAAUGGAGGAUGCCUCUAGUAUUCAUGACGUCAGCGUUUCGUCCGAGACUGCCGUGUCCUGCAUGGGUGCACCUGUCAGAGUCAUCCGUCGUAAUUAA